AUGUCCGACCCACCAGAGAAUGUGGAAAACAACAAUGAGAAAAAUCUAUUAUCACGUUUUCUCCUGAACGAACAAUGUGCGGAUGAUGGAUUAUUUCUGAUGAACCAGGAGGAUCGGGAAAAAAUUUUUAAUGAUAUGCGUGCACUCGAUGUGGAAUUGGGAAGAAAUUAUCGGAACGUAUUGCGAGCGGAGAUUUCGAAAACGAUAGAAACAGAGGAUAUACCACCAAGAUUGGUUUAUUAUUUGGAUGAUGUUCCGGUGGAGGAGUUGAUCCAAUUUAUUUGCAUACAGAAGCAGGACCAGUGGGUUAGCUGUUUACUUUCUCACUUGUCGGAUUGCUCCUUAAGGGCCAAGGAGCACCUUAGCUCUCGAAAUGACUCCUUCAAAAAAUAUCAGCAAUGGGAUGUCAAAAACUGGCACUAUUGCUACAAGAAUCUUCUGAAAGACGUGUUAUAUCUGUAUGCAAAGCACGGAGAAAUGUUCGUUCGCGCGCUGAAUCAAUUUCUCACACCAAUUUACCAUGAUUUCAUUGACGAUGACCCAUUUACUGAAGACGAUAGUACCACGAGUUUCUUAGACUACUACAUUGGCAAACGGGACGAAGAAGAAGAUCCAUACAAUUGUGAAGAAUUUUUCUCUCACUGCCUCGAUUGCCUUGUUGGAUUCGAAACUUCAAAUAACUGCGGUUACUUUUUACGAGUUGUCGCCCCAUGGAUCGCUGGUGCAAAAACAGCUCUCGAUAACUCUCGAGCAGACUUAUAUUUCUACGAUCGGGAGCGUAUGAGGAUGCAACAAGAGCAGCGAUUGGUGAAGUACAAAAUCGAAGAGAAGAAUGGCUUUUUCCAUCUCAAACGGUUCGAUUCAAAGGAAGAGAGAGUUUUAAUGGAAGGUUGUGGUGUGAAGAAUGAUGAUGAAAAGGAUCAAAAACAGAAAUCUGAACUGGAACCUGAUGUGAAGAAAUCCAAACAGCAAAUCGUGGCUAGCACAACCAAUGAAGUGGCAAGCUCAUUCCACCGCUUCACUCCCUUUCCGAGCAAAGGCGGGUUCUCUCACUAUCAAAAGCGAAUGGAGAAUAUCCUGGAGCUAAAAUAG